AUGUACAAGUACACACGCAAAGGGGAAAUAACCCGGACUAACAAGAGAACCGGAGCUGUCGGAGAGGGUUUCCUCAUUUCCCAGACCCCUGAGCGGGGAGAUGAAACAGAAAUGAAGAACGGAGGGCACAAGGGCGGAGGACACGAGGGCAGAGGGCACAAGAACGGAGGGCACAAGGGUAGAGGGCACAAGAACGGAGGACACAAGAACGGAGGACACGAGGGAGGAGGGCACAAGAACGGAGGACACGAGUGCGGAGGGCACAAGGGCAGGGGGCACAAGAACGGAGGACACAAGAACGGAGGACACGAGGGGGGAGGGCACAAGAACGGAGGACACGAGAACGGAGGGCACAAGGGCGGAGGGCACAAGGGCGGUACUUUCCUAAAAGGUGGACUAUAUACCAGGGCAGAUCACAUGAUACUCACUUUACCUGUCGUAUAUUCAGCGUUUUAUUGUGAGGGUAUCUCAGCAACUUCCGGAUUGUGA